CUUGAAUUAUGACAUCCCAGUUAUGUACUUCCAAAAUGAUUUCUUGUUUAACUGGCAAGGGAUACUGUCAUUCAUAAGAUCAUUUUGUGGCCUUGCUUCUUCUGAUUUUGUUUCUGCCUGGCAUGCUAUUUUAUUAUAUUUUUGAUUAAAGGUGUCUCCAACAGCUGUUGCAAGUUUUUCCACCACAGAUGAGAUCCAGGUCCCAGCUGAUCAUGCACAAACUUGAUGGACUUGAAUGUCGUGAAUAUGAUUUAUAAGGCUAUAAAUGAUCUGAGAUUGGCCCAUCUAAAAGACACCUCUUUUUGAGUCAUCCUCGCACUGCUAUGAUAAAAGAGUCUAGUUUCCAGGGCUGUGUUAUUAGAAGGGAUGGGGACAAAUGACAGAAUUUCUUUGUGAGAGCUCUCAGGCUUGCUUCACCUCUUAAUAGGAAAAUAAUCCUGGGUUUGGUGAGUCUGUAAGCAUGCUAGAGAAGCCACUUGUUUGUGAGGAGUUUGAGAGACUUUCCUAAGCUAUGCUUCUUGAUAGUAGUGGGAAGGAACAUUGUUGGCUCCUAGCAAACUGAUCAUUUUAGUCCUGCUGUGAUUUGUGUCCUUUUGCUGAUUCCACUGGGAGUAUAGCACAGACAUCUUAGUAACAGAAGUCAGAUUUAUUUAUAUUCACAAUUAGAUAUUAACUGUGUGUUGCCUGAAUACCCUCCAAUGGGGGGAUCACUUCACUAUUCCCUAUUCAAACUAAGAAUUCAACUUAUCACUGAUACUUGAGAGAAUAAGGUAAAACCCAUCAAAACAGAGCUCUUAAUUCUUCCACACCAGCCUUCACUUCUCUGCUUGUUCACAAACAACAACACCAUCCUCCUUAACAUGCAGGCCCUGCAGCCAGCCAGUGGUUCAGCUUUGAUUGCAGCCUUUUUCCCUUGGUCUGGGCGUUUAAGCAGCUUCUAAAUCUUGUCAGCUUCUUUCCAGCCACACAAAUUACAUUCCCAGCUAAGCUUUCAUCAUGACUAUGGCAAGUUCUUCCUCUGAGGGCUUGACAACUCUCUUUAGAUUCCCCUAAUAUCCAUUCAGAGCACUCGAAGGAGGCUUCCCUCCUCUUGUGUUUCUUUGUUCUCGUCUAACUUCCCUUUCCCCUCAGGUACAGACCCCCUGUCUUCCCAUCUAAAGGCCCUACAUAGAAACACAAGAUUGGAAGGAAUCUCAUAGAUGCAAUGUGCCACCCUUAGAGGCAAGCGUGUGAUGAAAGAGUUUGCAGGAAUAGCCACUCCCUAUCUUCCUGGACAUGCACAUGUUGCAAAUUGUCCACAGCACUCUAUAUCAAGCUGUAUACCCUCCCCCACAACCACUCCUCAAAUUUACAGUGUGCCACGAGGACAGAAAGAAAACAUUCCUGUUCUGGAACUGAAAAACAUGACAAAGUCCUUUGGUGAAAAUGCCCAGACAAUUCACUAAGUGAACUGUACGAGUGAGGAAGGUGUAUCCCCCAAACCUAUCAAACAUCUUCCAAUUGAGCAGGAACUGGAGGGGAUCAGAAUCCAAACCCAAAAGGAAAAUCAGGCAGCCAUGCAGUUAAGGGGUUUCUCCGUGUGCUAGAAGCAUCAGUACUCCCCACCAUUCCUCCAGUGAUCAAUCUUUGCCACUACAGCAGAAAAAUACCCUGUUAUCUCUGAUGCUGCUGAGAUACUGACUCGGAAGGUCUUGAGGGAUGCUAACUCUCGGUGUCUGCCUGUGUCCCAAGCACCUUCAUACUUGGUGUUGGGUGUAGAAAGAGUUCCCAGUAAAAGCGUCCAAAGCUCACAGGCUUCCUUCUCAAAACCAUGAUGUGCACCUCUACUUCACUCUAAAGCUUUUGACAACAGUAGGACUUCCUAGUCUGGUGUAGCCAUUGCUUAUCCCACUGGUGCUAUUUACCUUGUACUGUCCCUAUCCACCUGCUUAAUACCUUAUCCUGAGAGGGAGCUCUUCAGAGCUGCCCAUGUUUACGCAGUUACUACCACAAUGUAAUCAAAGCCUCUUGUGUUGACAACAGUUAGAAAACCCAGGAACGUUGAGAUUAAUCACCUCUUCCCCUAGCUACUGCUUUAUAUCACCCCUCAGCAGAUUAGGAAAUGGAAGUUGUUGCGCCUCCAGUGCUCUCCAUUCUGGUGUGAAGUUGCUCAUUUUGCACAGCUGGAGACAGAGGUUGCAACUUCACAUUUCUUGUCUUCUGAAUGCAGCCUCAGGUUUCCUGUUUCACAGACGUUGAACCCCGUCGCUCAACAGCCUGAUCGAAACAUCUUGUUAUACGCACUCUUUGUUUUGGCAUGGAGGAAAGCAGGUCAGAAACUUCUGCAGCAGGAACAAGUGAGGAAAUAAUCUAUACAUCUCUCAAGUUCUCUCAGACUCCUCCACUGCAGGCCAAAGCAAGAUGGGAAAGGACAGCUCCCUGUCUGUGAUCAGCAGUUGUACAGGGCUUGGCUAUAGGUUUUGGGAUACUGAGCGUCUCCUUAGCAACUGCUUUGAUUUGGAAGAUGAAUGACUCUCACCCACGCUGCCCUGAGCAGUGGAUAGCCUACAGAGGGGGCUGCUACACCUUCUCCAAAGAGAGGAGGGAUUGGAGUUCCAGCCAAGAAUCCUGCUGGGCACAGGGUGCUCAUCUCCUAGUGAUCAGCGACACCAGGGAAAUGGACCUGUUCAAGAGUAUUCAAACAGGAUGUUUCUGGAUUGGACUGAGCAACAGCACAGGCUCGGGAUGGGUUUGGGAAGAUGGCUCUAAACUCAAUGGCAUGAAGGUUCUCUCAAACAGCCCUGUGCAGCAAUGUGUUGUCCUGAUGAAAGAUCACUUUCAGACCUCCAGUUGUGAAUUUUCUGCUCCGUGGAUUUGUGAGAAAUCUCUUAGAUAAAUCCUCUGUACUUAUUCAUCUCACAGCUAUCUCAUCGCUUGCACAGAUUGAUCUUGAUCCUGCAAAGCAAAGCUGUACAGAAGACUGAGGUCUGUUCCUUGCUCUUGCCACACCCUGACCAAGGUGCUGUGCAGGGACAUGCUUGUUGCCCUUAAGGAUGAGUUAUCCUCAGUACUAGAUCCAUUUCGCUGUUGGUGACCAUAUGAGAUCUAGAGCAUAUUCCCUGUCCUUGUCUUUCCUCAUUGUGUCCAGGGUUGGGGUUUUGUCACAACAGACACUGGGUCUUCAGAUCUCUGCUAGCGAGUUGGCUGUUUUUCUCCAUUGCUGAGCACCAGAUUUCAUAUCCACUUCGAGUUUCUGAAUUGUUUGGUGCCAGCAGGACCUGGAAAAUGGACCCUGCUGGUCUCUGCCAGUAACAUAUAAACAGACUUCUCCCAAUGAUAGUCUCUCCUUUGCAUCCCAGUGCUCUGAGUGGGAGAAAGGAAGGUGAAAUGAAACUGCAAAUUCUGUAAAGGCAGCAGUGAAAAUAAACCUCCAGUGCUGUACUGGACCAAAAGCGUGUAUCUGUGUCAUUGCUUCUCUCUAUUGGAAGGAACCACCUGAACACAA